AUGGCCACUUCAGCCCCACCUCCUCCACCAGGCGGUAACGACCCAGGCAAAGGCGGUCCAACGCACGCCAUCUCCAAGCUAUCACCACCCCCUAAGGUCACCCGCGCUCGCAACCGCGGUGAUGGUAAGACAGCACAAACCGCGUACUGGAGCACUACCCUCUGGAACAACCCCAGCCAGAGUCAGUACCUAGUUCACCGUCUCAACCAGCCCGCCCCCGGUAAGUGGAUGCGCUGUACGCAUGGUGAAGCUCGUUACGAAGCGGAAACCGGCUACCCUGUCUAUGAGCUCGGUGCAACACAUGGUCGACGCGUGAACUUGCUGGCUGGUCAGCCGCAGCGCGACUGGGAUCGAGCGACAGACAGGCACAUUGACGAGAUCAUUGAGGAGGAGCAGGCCUGUGUGCGUAGGCAUGAGCCCAUGAACGAGGAGAACGUACUGGAGGGUGUCCAAGAGGAAUACGAAGGCCAGGGCGACAGUGGUUUCGAACCUCCUUACCAAUCUUCAACACCGUCCAACAAGGGCAAGAGCAAGUGACACCAAUCCUCCCCUUCCCUUGGUAGUUACUAACAUUGUCCAGCUCCGACCUCUCCUAGUUCUGUUAGUCCUCGAGAUCCCAG